GCGUACAGUGGGGCCCUCUUCUCACUCUCAUUGCGUCGCAUCCGUUUGACUCAUUCCAUCUCCGGUUGUACUCCGUGUUCUCUCAUUGUUCAGGAACAAGGUUUUGGCGCCGUCUACAGUUCUCAUCAAAUGGACUGCCUUCAACAUAUGUGUGCGGUCCGCUGAAGAUAAUUGCUCAUCGACACGGAGAACGAGAUCAUGGAGUCGUUGGGCUCGUCAACCUUCGCCGCUACACUUGUUGCUAUCUUCCUGCUCUCGAGUAUAGUCUAUCGGACAUCUCUUGACAGUCUGCAUGCCAUACCGGGACCGCUAAUAUGCAAGCUUACUUCCCUUUGGACGUACUAUCACUCCUACUUCGGCGACGAAAGCACCCGGAUCGAUGAGCUUCACAAGCGAUACGGCCCCAUCGUUAGGAUCGCACCGAACGAAGUCAUCAUAUCCGACGGGGCAGCACUGGCGCCGAUAUACGUAGAGAAGGGUGGGUUCUCGAAAGCACCCUGCUAUGCGAACUUUGACAUUGAAGGCCAUGCAACGAUAUUUAGCACGCAGAACCCCGAGUAUCGAUCCGUGCGGAGUAAAGCCGUUGUGCCGUUGUUCAGUAUGACUAGCAUUCGCGAAGGGCAGAGUGCGAUUGAGAGCUGUGUUGAUAGAUUUAUUGCACGAUUGAAAAGAGAAGCGGCCGAGAGCAGGAAAGCAAAUCGACAAAGACCUGUCAAUGUGCUCAAUCUUACCCGUUCUCUUGCCCUGGACGCGGUAAGCUCGUACCUAUUUGGGCGAGCUUUCGGCGGCGUUGACGAGGAGAGCGACAAGCUGUCUGCCAGCGCUUUCGUGGACACGCUCGUUGCGGUGGGACGCUUCUUCUUUCUGCCGAAUUGGAUCUUCUUGACGCUUGAGCUGGCGCGGCAGAAGUUCUGGCCAGCAAAGGAAGAAGAGAAAAGCGCUCAGACGGUCGGCGACUUCGUCGAAUCAUUACUGCAAGGAGAGACGAAGGGAACUGCGACCUACCAAGCGCGAUUGCUCAAAGCCGGCAUUUCCGAGCAUGAAGUCAAGAUACAGUGCGAAGACGUGAUAUUCGCAGGGACUGACUCCACAGGGACCUCUCUCGCGACGAUAUGCUGGAAUCUGGCCAAAAGACCUGACGUCUAUGACCGGCUGAAGAACGAGGUUGCGCAGGCAGACAUGAGCGAACGGAAUCAGAGCCCGCAGAUUAUCCGAUAUCUUGACGCCGUAGUGCGAGAAGGCUUACGCAUAGCAAUGCCGAAUCCAGCAAGACUUCCUCGAAUGGUACCAAAGCAGGGCUUGGCAUACGGAUCAUCAAGCGGCAAGCAAUAUUUCCUUCCCGGCGGUACGCAGGUAGGCAUGCAACCGUAUUCACUGCACUUCAACCCUGAAGUCUAUCCCGAUCCGUUCGCUUUCAGGCCUGAGCGAUGGUUAGAUGGCCCAACUCCGCAGAUGCAGCGGGAUUGGAUUCCCUUUGGUAUGGGCUCUAGACAAUGCAUUGCUCGGAACCUGGCUACGACGGAGCUACGCCUUGCGGUAAGGGCGAUUGCGAAGGAGGGAGCCCUUGACGGUGCGCAGGCUGUUGGUGAGAAGAUCGAACUAAUGCAGUGGUUCAAUAGCAAAGUCAAAGGGGAGGCGAUAGAGCUAGAGUGGCAGUGAGACGUAUGACACAUCAGCUUGUACUUCCGAUGCUCUAUUAGCAGGCCCAGGUCAGGUAGGACGCAUUCAUGGAUGCGCCGUCCCAAUUCUGCAUGUGCCAGAGACAUACAUUUGUUUGUCUAUCACAUGCCAGGACGGAGAUGCUUUGAUCGUCGUCAAUUCGCAGAUCUGGACCCUGCGCCUUCCCAAGACCGAGGCGCAUUGGAUCCACGCAAGCGAGCAUUUUGCCUCC